AUGCCAAAAUGCGAAACACAUUUUGGGUUCAACUCGCUGAUGGUGAUGGUGAUUGUUGCCGCCGCUGCUGAUGUUGUUGGGCUUAUCAACACGCCGAUCACCUGCGACAGUUUCCGUUUUGCCUCAGAUACUGGGCCAUAUACACAGGACCUAAUUGCCCCGCACCCAGUUACAGUUGCCAGUUACCAGUUACCAUUUCGGUUCCAUUCCCACAAGCGAACAACGAGCCCUCGACCCAAACCCCCGCUCAAGGUGAGCAAUGUAAAAACUUCCUGUGCACUCAUUUAG